AUGGCGGUCACAGAUGAAGAGGAAGACGACGAUUACAUGUCUGACGCUUUCCUCAACAUCGAGUAUGUAUAGAAAACGUAGGCUAUGCAAUCCUUAUUAAAAUAAUUCUCAUUUUUUUAAAACAUUAGCCUUUUCGCAAAUUUAAAAUAAUUCUUGGACAUUAUAUUUUUGUGAAUAACUGGAUAAAAAUGAAGCACGUUUAAUAUUGUAAAAUGUUCUUAUCUAAAUUAAAGAGAAAUAUAUACAUUUUACAACAAAUUGAACAAAGUUUUAAAAAUUGAAAUAAGUUACCACAUAUAUAUACCGUAUUCCCACUAUCAUAAAAUUCUAAUUGUUUAUUUUUCUAUUAAUUUUUAUAUUAGGACUACCAACAAUGUCCGGCCUGGCCUGUUAAUGACACACGAACAGAAACGUUUGCACGAUCAAAUGAAAAAGAAAAACGAAUGUGAACGAUUAAACAAGACUGUUGGUAUCAAAGCAUUGGAAGAACAAAGGCGUCAGGAGGGACUGGAAAAAGCUAUAGACAGCAAAAACAAAGGUUUUGCUCUGUUGCAAAAAAUGGGUUACAAGCCUGGUUCAGGAAUUGGCAAAAACAGUGAGAGCCAUUAUAUUUUGGUAUUAUUGUUCAUUGUAGUAACAGUACUCACCAGUUGUUUAAAUAUUAUUUUUCUUAUAGAUUGUGGCAGGGUUGAACCUGUCAGCAUCGUGCUAAAAUCUGACCGUAAAGGUCUGGGUAGAGUCGCUGCGCUCAAGGAAAUCAAUGAAAUGAAAAAAUCAAUUUUACGCAGUAGACUGCGACCUGUAGGACCUAGCAUUAAUGAGUACAGAGAAAGGCGAGCUCAGGAAGCCUCUGAGAAACUAGACCGUUUGGACUUAUUAAGAAGCCAAAGAGUUUGCCGUCAAAUGGAUUUAGAAAAUGUAAUUAUAUUACUAUAAAAUUGAUAUUUAAAAAUCUAUAAUUCAUAAUUAAUUUUAUUUACUGCAUUCAAAAUAUAGAAGUGAUGGAAACUUGUUUCAAAUCACUUGUUACAUUCUUUUGAGUUGUCUUUAAUAUAGUAUAUGAAUACUUUAUAUUUAAAAUUUAUUUGGUCUACUUUGAACUUACUUUCCAAUAGAAAUAAUAAUUAUUCUACUCUAAUCUAAAAUUUAUUAUCAUGUUACAAGGAAUUUUCUUUUACUUAUUUGUAUUUGUAUUUCAAUUAUUAUACUAAUACAAGCAACAAGUAAUACAUUGUACAGCUAAAAGAUAAAAUUGUAAUUUUUUAAAAUAUUUAUAGUAAAUUUUGUUUUUAAGGAUAUACAAGAACCAUCUGAACAUUAUUUUUGGCCCAAUGAUUCCACUGAUAAUCUAAGUGAACAAAAUGCUGAGGAAAUGGAAGAACAUAAAGAAGAAAACAUAAUGUCUAUAACUGAACAAUUUAAAAUACUUAACUUUUAUUUAAGACGUACAUAUAAUUAUUGUGUUUAUUGUGGAACAGUAUACAAUGAUCAAAAUGAUUUAGAAGAAUGCCCUGGUCCCAACCGACAAGAUCAUUAG